UCUAGGGAGAGAAAGCGGGUUCAAAAGCCAAAAAAAAGGGCACUCAGAAAAAACCGCCGAGACUCUGGUGGCGACUCUAACUCCGACUGCUCUUAUUCUCUCUCUCUCUCUCUCUCUCUCUCUCUCUCUCUUUCUCUCUCUAGACUCUAGCCACUCUCACCAAUCCUAUUGCUCCACGUAUCCCCUUAACGACUCACUAUUUCACCUCCCUCCUCUGAUCCCCAAUUUCAGCGAGGUUUUUUCCGGCGAGCGUACGGACAUCUCUGCCGUUGCUGCUGGACGGCGUCGUUUCGGGGUCGUUGUCUUUACCGUGAGAAGAGAAUCGCGGACUUUUUCUCCUCUUUCUCUGUCCAGGAUUUUUGGGCGGUGGAGUUAUCGGUUUUCGUGCGGAUUGUGGAGGAAGGAAGGGGCUAUGGCGGAGCCGUCGUUGGCUGGUGGUUGGAAGGAGAACAAGCUAUGGAAAGGCGCUUUCGCUGUCGCGGGAAUCAUGACCACCCUCGUCACUUAUGGUGUUUUGCAGGAGAAGAUCAUGAGAAAUCCAUAUGGGAUAAACCAGGAAUACUUUAAAUACUCACUAUUUCUUGUUUUCUGUAACCGUAUCUCAACUUCUGCUGUCUCUGCUUGUUUUUUGUUGGCAAGUAAAAAGGCGUUGCAUCCCGUUGCUCCAGUUUAUAAAUACUGCCUUGUAUCAGUAUCAAACAUAUUAACCACAACAUGCCAAUAUGAGGCCCUCAAAUAUGUCAGCUUCCCUGUUCAGACACUAGCAAAAUGUGCAAAAAUGAUUCCUGUUAUGGUAUGGGGAACUAUAAUCAUGCAGAAGAAAUACAAGGGACAUGACUACUUUUUGGCUUUUCUAGUGACCGUGGGUUGUUCAAUAUUUAUUUUAUAUCCGGCAGGAUCUGAGAUUAGUCCAUAUGGUAGAGGAAGGGAGAAUACUGUUUGGGGAGUUUCACUGAUGGUUGGUUAUCUUGGGUUUGAUGGCUUUACAAGUACAUUCCAAGAUAAACUAUUUAAAGGCUACGACAUGGAGAUACACAAUCAAAUUUUCUAUACAACACUGUGUUCUUGUAUUCUUAGCUUGACCGGUCUAAUAUUACAAGGCCAUUUACUGCCAGCAAUAGAAUUUGUUGCUCGUCAUAAUGAUUGUUUCCUUGACAUUAUGUUGCUUUCCACUGUUGCAACAGCUAGUCAGUUCUUCAUUUCUUACACCAUCCGAACAUUUGGCGCUCUUACAUUCGCGACGAUAAUGACCACAAGACAGUUGGCGAGCAUACUGCUGUCAUGCAUGUGGUUUUCCCAUCCUCUCAGCUGGGAACAGUGGAUUGGAGCAGUCGUUGUCUUCGGUUCCCUAUAUGUCAAAAGCUUCUUGAGAAAAUCACCUAAAAAACCUUCUGCUCCGGAACAAGUGCAAAAUGGAGUUUCCAGUCCUCCCAAGGCCAGCCCUUGACAAGGUUGAGACUUAUAAUUGCUAUAGAGAUCAUGGAUUUUGGCAAAAUCUCUAACUUUGAUUGUGGGCAGCUUUAGUUUUUGGAAGUUCAGAGCUGCUUCAUACAAGAAAUUGUUAACGAAGUUUUGAUGGGGGAUGAGUGGGACCUAAAUGUGGACCACAUAGAACUCAAAUGGGUUCCUCUGAGUUAACUGUCGUUGUCAUUGGAGACAAGGCGAUUUUGUUAUGCCCCCAUGUCAAAGGAACUGAUAAAUUAUAGACUGACAAAAGCAAUUUUUUUAUUUUUUUAAGUUUUAUUGAAAUAGAAAUGUCCUUGAAAAUAUAAAAUUUA